UCACUCCUGGUCAUACUUGGCGAUAAUGUCGUUAUAUCCCUCCAGCAGCGGCACCCCUGUCAGCCGGGCGAUCUCAUUCCGACACGCAAUCGCCUCCCGCAGCCCCUCCCCCCUCCCCCACGACCCUCGCACAUAGAACAACACACCCUCCGGGCCGUUGCCUCCAAGCGUCACACCAAACGCACACCGACUCGAUGAGAAACGAAUGCCGAGGGCCGGGGGUUUCGCCUCGGCCGUGGGUGGGGGCUCCGACAGCAGCAGGAGGGCGGAGAACUGCGGCAGGAGCCUCUUGAGCUGGGGCAGCACCUCGUUGGCCGUCACGGCGAUCUGCCGACGGUGUGGCUGCGGGGGCAGUGGAGGGGGCUGGUCCAAGAACUCGGCAUAGCCCGUCACGUGUGGGGCCUUGUCGCCGGUGAAGAGGUUGCGCCUCGCGAUAGCCGCCUUGAGCGACCCCUGCACCGCCCCCAGGCACCCACCGAUCGCCCCCUCACCCAGCGGGAUGCUCAUGCUCUCCGUCAGCAGCUGAAUGCCAUUGGUCGGGUCGAGGAGGAAAGGUGCCGCACGGUCGGUGUCCCACGAGAGAGACAGGGGAGGCCCCGCACGACCCAUGGCCACCAGCUGGGCGCCGUACAGGCUGUUCAGGCCCUCUAUGUAGGCGUUGGCAAUCGCGGCCGCAUACCUCUUCCUCUGGUAAGGGAGUGGCGCAUCCGCCCGUGGGGUCAGCCGUGGCUGCUUGCGUUGCGAUGACGGCUCGGGCAGGAGGCGUGAGCUCACGAGGCUGGCCGGUGGCGCCACGGCCUUUCUCUUGCGAUUGUCUCUGUCUGGCGUCGCCUUCCUCCCCAUCUGUAUUCUCGGAGGAGUGGCCGGUGGCGGCGGCAUGGGGCUCUCUCGCUGGACCAUCGAAUCGGGCACGGCAGGGUCGGACGGGUCGCGGAGGCGCUUCCCUCUGCCGGGCCGCAUCUGUCGGGCUCUUGCGGCCUUGGUCGGCCCUGCAGACGACGAGAGUAGGCGGCUGUCUCGUGACAUGGCCACAUAGUCGCACGCAGGGUCAUACUCGCCAUAGACGUUGAUGCGCCGGUCGUCGAGGAGCUCCUCGUGGCCCUCGACGGGCGGCAUGCACUUGGGCGCCCCCAUGUCGUUGCGAAUGGCCACCGCCUCGAUCAGCGACCGCUUGAUGGCGGCGGGGUCGUGGUACUCCUCCGGCUUGACCUUGAGCCCCGCAAGCAUCACUGGCUUGACGUGCUCCGGCCACGCAGUCGACAGCAUGGUAGUCGGACACGCGCUUUGCCGGUCCCAGGACAUGGCCAGCAUCCCCGGACGGCCGUAGUGCUCCCGCAGGGCCGCGAUGUAUGCCGCCGCCACCAGGGCGGCGUAGGCCUUCCGCUGCUCCCACUCGGCCGCGUCGUCGGCUCCAGGCAGCGGGGGCGUGUUUCGCUUGACGGGCAUGGUUUUGUCGGAGCACUGCGAGUCAGAGAGGGGGGCGUUGUGCUCAGGCGGGCACAGCGGCAUGCACUCCGGGGUGAGGUCGUUGUCUGCAGGGUCGCCGUAGCCCAACACACCCGCAUAGUCGACCGCCGGGAUGCCUGCCUUCUCGGCGGCACGGUUGCGGUACUGAACGGCCACAUGCAGCAUCAUCGUGGCCACGUCAAUGGGGAGGGAGGAGCCGCGGACCGAUGCCAGCCUGGAGAGUGUCGGGGGCAGCCGCACACGGACCUUGCGCAGGCUUACUUGGGGCACGCACUUGGUCACGUUCCAGGUGAUGCCCAGGGGAGCUGAUGCCUCGUCCACCUGCCCACCCAGCUGCUCCAAGUACGCCUGGUGCAGCGCGGCGAUGAGCCCCUCGGCGGCCUCGGCACACUCGGCCUUGAAGGUGGUCUUGGGCCCCGGUGUGAUCCUGGCAUGACGCAGUGGGCUGCCGGUCUGCUGGCUGCCGGUCUGCUGGGCGGCCUCGAGCUUCUUCCUGUCCCUCUCUCGGUUGAAAAUGGUCCUGUAGCAGACGGUGGAAUCGUAGCCAUAGCUCUCCUCCCACUCGUUGAGCACCGACUCGGCGCCGACGACCGUCGGCCACCCCUGUGUUGGGGCCAGCUCGUUUCGCCUCUCGAUUGCCCAUUUGAGCUGCUUGAAGAAGCUGGGCUGCCCCACCUCAGGCUCGCCCCCCGUGUACACGAGCACAGAGCCAGACGUCAGGUCCGGGGGUGCACCCCGGGUGUUGGCGCUCGUCUUGACGACGAAUCGGCCGAACCUGCUCCUGUACUCGAUGGCCAGAUUGCGGCUCUCGGGGGGCACGUGGGAAAGGCAUCUCUCGACCAGUUUGUCGAAGUAGGUCUCGGCGAGUAUUUGAAGGUAGGCGCGAUGGCGGUCCGAGUGCAGUUCUGGACACAGGUGCGUGACGGGGUCGAGAUGGUCGCCCUGUGGUGGGAAGGUCGACCGCGCUAUCACGCCCUCAAGCUGGGACGCUGCCGGCGCCCUCUUCGCCAAGGGUGGCGAGGGCGGCUUGGCCAGCGGCUGCUGCUGCUGCGAGGGCGGCGGCAGCAUCGACAGCCGGGGAGUCUGCCCCCUCGGCGAUGGGUCUGGGGUGUUAGAGUGAUGCUCUGGCGUGCCGCUGCCAGAUAUCGCGCGCUUCUUGGCCGCCCUCUCCUGCACGCCGCCACUGCUGUCGUCCCCCUCCUCCCCCUCCCCCCCUCUGCCCGCGACUGACCGUGCCCUCUUGCUGCCCAGAGAGAGAUCGAACUCCUUGAUGAUUUCUUCAUAGCCCACCAGGGGCGGCAGCAUGUCGCUCAUGACACUGUUCCGGUGGGCGAUGGCGCGUUGCAGCGCACCCGCGGCGCCACACGUGUGGACGGAGAAGGACGCCAGCGCCGGCGAGCCCUCGAACUGCACGUGGAAGGUGGCCGUCAAUGGGUCGUAGAUGAUGCCGAGAGGGUCGCAUAUGUCAGCCAGGCGCUUGAGCAGGGCGGGGGCGACCUUGUUGAUGGACUUCUUCUCCUCCCGUCGCUGCCUGACCUCCUCCGGGUACAGGCGGGUGUAGAGGGCUACGUAGUCGAAGUGGGGGUCGAACUCGGGUGAGGGAAGGCCGGCCGACUCGAUGACACCGUCGUCGUCGGCGAACGUGGCCUCGAAAUCCGUGAAAAUGCAUGAGGACCCGGGCGCGGCCUGGGAGAUCAGGCUGUUCCGGUCGUCGAUGGCAACUCUGAGCAUACAAAACGGCACAACGCACAAAGCGAUCGGUCGGUCCAUCGCUUCCGCUGCUCUGCCUCUGUGUGUCGUCCCUUACCUGAGUGCGCUUCUGACGGCGUCGAUGCCUCCUCCGUCUUGCGCGAGGGCCUCGACGGGCUCCGACUGCCUCACACGCUGACCCACCUUCCACCGCAGUCUUGACAGCUCGUUGUGCCACCACACCGUCAGAGGCUCGUCCUCUUGCUGCCCCCCGCCCUCGCCGCCCUUCCUUUGGGCCUCAUAGAGGUCACGCAGCUUCUGCAGGUAGGCCCUCACCAGGAUAUUCAAGUAUAGCUUCCGCUGGUACGCCUCUGACACACGCCGGGGGGGCUCAGGCUCUGGUCUCUUCUCGAUAGGCUGUGGCGUGCCGUCUCUUGAUUCAGGCCUGGUGACCUCAGGAAUGCCCAUGGCCUUGCCCCUUUGGUUGCGGCAGCUGACGGCCUGAUAGAGGGCCGCUAGCAGGCCACCCGCCUCGUCCACAGGGAAGUGUGCGGGCCCCUCGUGGCCGACCGUGACGACGAAUCUGUGCUUCUUGUCGUCGAAGACGAUGCCGAGUGGGGUGGGGGGCGGCAGCUUCUGUUGCAGCUUAGAGAGAAUGCAUCCUGCGAUCGAUGCCUCGCUCCUGCCCGCAUCGCCGCCGCCAUCUCCAUCGGCAGCUGAGACCGGUGGCUUGGGCUGGGGCUUGGGCUUGGGUUUGGGCUGGGGCUGUAGCUGUGGCUGUUGUUGUGGCUGUGGCAGCUCUUUCCGCCGGUAUUUGGUCACAUCAAGCUGAUGCGGGAGAGCCGGCGGGCUCUGUUGCUGCUUGAGGUGCCUUCGCUGCUCCAUGAUGGGGCGGAGCAUGGCCACGUAGUCGAGGGCGAGCUCGCGUGCGGCGAGGAAGCCGUGCUUGGUCGCUGAGAAGGCCUUGCAGGGCUGCAGGGGCUCCCCUGUCGCCUCGUCGAUGGGAACACUGCUCACGUCCUCACCUGACACACCCAGCAAGAAAAGCACGCUGCAUGUGUCGAAAGCACCCACUACGUCUCUCUCUCUCUCUCUCUCUGUGUGUGUGUGUGUGUGUGUGUUCUGCCUGUCGGCUCACCGAAGAGCUCAUCCCAUUCGGCCUCGUCGACAUACCCCUUCCACGAGCGCAGCCUGCCGCCCCACUUGAUGCCCUUGUCGUGAAUCCGAUGUGGCACCCUGGCAGCUUUGGUCCACAGGUCCGGGUGCAGGUCCACCCCCGCACCCUCCUCCAGCACCGGACGGCCGGCUGCCUCUCUCUCACUUUCGCCGGCCUCUUCCUUGUCAGACUCGUCACGCUGCGCGCUGCCCUUGACCUCCUCGUAUGGCAGGUCGACAACGCGAAGGUAGGAGUCCAGCUCGAGAGGGUGGGCGCCGAGUCGCUGGCUCUCUUGGGCCACCUCGUUGCGCAGUUGCAGGGCCUCACGCAGGCCCUCCUUGACGCACUCGACCGCACUCUUGGUCUCGGAGGGCCGGAGGCGCUGCCCAGCUUUGGCGAUCCUCUCGUAAUUCGCCCCCAUGACGGCGCGGAACUUGGUUGUGGCGGCCUCGUACCGGAUGGCGAAGUUGGGGACCUCCUUGCGCUUCUUGCCCUUGUGAAGCUGCUGGUGGUGGUCCAUGAGCUUGCGCAAAUAGUCGCGGACGAUGGCCUCGAGCUCGUCCCUCUGCUCCUGCGACAGGGGCGCCGGCUCGGGCGUGUUGCUCCUUCCACUGUGGCCCUUCUCUGUCGUGGGGGCGGGGGCGGGGGAGGCAGGGGAGUUGCGAUCGUCAUCUGCUGGUGGUGUGGGAUCGACGCCGAAGUCCAUCAGCACCUGGUCGUAGCUGGACAGGGGGGGCUGGCCUCGCGCCUGGGCCCGCUGAUUGCGACGGACGAUAGCCUGCCGUGCCGCGAUGCGACGCCAUGCAACACAAGGCAAGGCAAGAAGGAGAAUGCAAUCAAUGCACUCGUGUUGUGUGUUGUGUGUUUGUGUGUCGCCUGCAUGCUCUACUGUCCCUACCUGUUUGAGAGCUUGAUCGCACCCGAGUGCGGCCACGUCGAAGUACUCGAACUUCCCUCCCAGGCUCUCACCGCCCACGCCAAACCGAUGCUGCGCCAGGUUGAAUGUGAUGCUGAGCAUGGGGCGGUCGGCGCAGAGCCUCUUCUCGAAGGGCAGGCCGGCCACCAGGUGGCGCUUCAGCGCAGGCAGGACGGCGGCGGCGAUCCGCUGAAACUUGGCGAUCUCGGCGUCACGGCCGGGAUCUCUGUUCUUGCGUCUUCGCGCAGCGCCCUUCUCUCGAUGGCCGAGACGGUUGGCCAGCGCCUUCUGGACGACGACCUCAUGACCCUUCAGCAAUGGGACCCCCUGCGCCUCCGCCUGCGUGUUGCGGUCAAGGACGACUUGGCUGAGGGCGUCGACAAAGCCGUCGAAUGACGCGAUCGAGUGCGGCUUGCCCUCCUCAGCCCCCGAAACCCUCGCACGCAGCUCGCGCCGCUCCUCGUCCAGCACGAUGCCCAGUUCGGUGCCGUCGCUCCUGAUCUGCUCCUGCAGCAUGGCCAGGAACUUGCGGGCAAGCAGCGUCAGCUCGUCCGGUGUCCCUUCCUUCCCCUUGAGUGAGGGUCUCGACGGGUGCGGCCCGUUGAGAUGGUCCAACCCAUCGAUGGUCUCGACGCUGUCGCCCUCCCACUCGUCCUCACGACCGUCGAUCAGGUGGCCGUAUGACGUCCACAGGUGCGCCCCCAGAUGGGCAGCACGCCGGUUGCGGGCUAUCAGGGCCUUUCGCAGCGCCGCCACCACGCCGUGUUUGGCCACGCUGAACGUCUCCACAGGCUGUUUGUGGUGCUCCACCACGAAGUGGCCGUCUUUGUACUGGAGCGUCAUCGUGGUGCGGCUGCCUUGCUGGUACUUCUGGUGGAUUUCGCGCAUCAGACACUGGGCCAGGCGGUCGGAGGUUGACGAGCCAGCGCUGCUGUGGCUGCCAGUGCCGUGUGGGAUGUCGCCUGGUCGAUUGGUUGCAGAACGGGGUAAGGAGCGGCCUGGCUCGGUGACGGGGAUGCCCAGGACUUCCUCGUAGCCCACGAUGGGCGGGGAGAUGAGUCGAUUGCGCUCCUCUACCACUCUGACAAACGCACAAUCACCAGGCAGCCACAGUCGAUCAACGUUGUCCCCUCACCCCCUCCAUUUGUCCUUCCUCCUCACCAUACCGUUUAAGGGCCUCGCUCACUCCCAGCUCCCGGGUGACUGACACAGGUUUGCCAAACACCAGCUCCCCAUCCGACUUCCUCUUGUGCCGCGUCCGGAACCGCAGCCUCACGGCCUUUGACGACCCCAGCAUCUCCACGCCCAGCUCCUUGCGCGCUGGCAGCAGCUUCCUGAAGCCGUCCAGCAGCCCCUCGGCGUCUUUGAUGGCCUGCUGCAUGAAUGCUUGGUCGAGGGACUCGUCGCUCUCGGCGGUGGCGCUCCGCUCGCUCGGCUGGGGGGACGCAUGGGCUGCAUUGGGGGAGGAAGACUGCUGCUGAUGCACUUGCUGUGGUGGUGGUGAUGGUGGUGAUGGUGGUGGUGAGGUGGUGUCGGGGGGAGGCUGAGGCGGCUGCGUGUCGGCCGCCGACGGUUGUUGGUGCGGCUGCGGGUGUCGCUUGUUCGGCUGCUGUGCUUUUUGUUGCCUCUUGAUGGUGACGUCGAAGAUGUGCAGCAGCUCGUACACGGCCGACUCGUCUUGCUCCUCAAUGGCGGCCUUCAGACACACGAUGGGACCCUAUCGGAUCGACCAAGCCAAGCAACACCAGACACACAUGAUACAGACAGACAGGGAUGGGAAGACAGGAUGCAUUGCACGUAAUGCGAGUGAGUGGUUUGCAUUUGUACAGACGUACGUACGUCUUCCGUUUCGUGAAGGUCCAUCCCCUUGGCCCUCUCGUAGAUGGCCGUCUUGGCCAUGUCAAAACCCUUCCCGCCGUCCACAAACGCCCUGCAUGCACCGCACCCGCGAGACAAACAGUGUCUGCCUUUGUGUCUGUCACUCUCUCUGCACACACAAUCAUCCACGACCGGGCGCGGCGCACCUGCUGGCUUGCUCCGGUCCGAACCAUCUCUCGGUCAGCGCAUUAAGGGCGGCUUUCGAGUACUCCUCCUCGUCCGCCAUUCACUGCACGCCCCUCUGCCUCACACACGGAAACCGCCCCGCAGGCCAGAUGGAGGGCGGAGUGCGCCUGCCCCGUCACCGCCACUGCACGGCAGAAGUCCUCAGAGCCCACGGGCCGUCAAGGGUGGACGAAUGCCGCAGAUCUCCUCAACCGCAUGCUAGAGAGGGCCGGGUAAGAGGCAAGAUAUCUGUGGCUUCCUGUCUGUCUGGUCGAGCUAAGGGGAUGACG